CUUACUGCAACCACAGGCAAAGAUCAUUUGUACUGUUUAUAUUCCCUCAGCCCACAUUAGCCAUCCUCUCUUUGUCGCUGGUUUUGAGUAGAAUUAUCUGUUAAUGAAACCCCAAAGUAUGUGGGCAGUUUAAUGGGUGCGAUCCUGUUUGCUACGUACCGUUGAUUUUCGGUGUUCGGAGUCGAGGUCGGAUUUUUCCGGAAAACGAAAAACAUUUAAGGCUGAAAUGUGACUGUAAACUACGACCGAUAGUUGUUUUUCAUCGCAGGACAAAUGGAUCAACCACAGGAGGAAAUGGAGCAGAUCGCCACAUGGUUACAGGAGGAGGGACUCGCUCCUGACUCCUCAAAGGAGGCUCAGCUGUGUUUGCUGUGGAGUGCCCUCCAGCGCACCAGAAGCCAUCUGAACAGUGUGACAUGGGACCUGGACACGCAGCACUCACAGCACUUAGCAGAGAUGGCAGAGGUACGCAAGUCCUUGGAGCAGAUCCGAUUCUUUACAGAUCACAAAGAUGUUUUGGUGCAUGAGAUACAAGAUGAAAACGAUCUCCUCAAGGACCAGAUGCAACGCCUAGUAUCCCUUCAAGAUUCCCAGAUUAGCGAGGUGGCUAAAAUGCUGUACCAGCAGGGUCUCACAGAGCUGAUUCACAGCAGCCCCAGUGAGCAGGUGGCCUACCUCCUGGUGGAGAGAGCCUCCUUACUGGAGACGAGCCAGGGUCCAAGCAAUCUGAUGGGUAAUGGAAACAUACCCAGCCCACUGGGGACCGGAACCCAGCCACUGAACACCAGUGCACACCAGGUGGCAACUCGUCACAGCCAGAGCCCAUGGAAGAGACUAUUUGGACUCCACAAAGCUGCUCAGAGCAAACAUACUUUUAUUCCUGGCACUUUGCAUGGCAGAAGAAAUGCAAGAUUCCACACCACUGAUGCAUCUUGAUCCGGUGCAUUUCUUAAGGCUGAGGCCAGACAUUUGGCAGGCAGUUUGGAGAGGGAGUGUUCCCGUCUGGAGCGGGACCUGGAGGAAGGGUCCCGCCGUCUGGCCAUGGCCCACAAUGAGAUCCGACGCUUGACUGAUGAGCUGGAGUCUGCUCAUUUGACCCAAAGAGCUUAUGAGCCUGAGCUGCAGGCAGCCCAGCAGGAGGAAGAGCAACUCAGACAGGAAGUACAGAAACUGAAGAAAUAUGAAAUGGUGGAACUGCGAAAGGCCAAAGAGCUGAAUGAUCGUCUGGACCUUGAGAUCAGAGCAUUGAGGACUCGGGUACGCACUCUGGAUGCUGAGAAAAACUCUUUACAGCAGACGGUGGUUUCUCUGCAGAGCGAGGAGGAGCAGCAGCAGCAGGGGAAAGUCAACCAGAGUGAUGAGUUAGCUAAAGUGGUGCUUCUGCAGAGAGAAGUGAAGCUGCUGCAGUCAGCCCUGCAGGAGCCUCAGAUCAACCAGGCUAAAGAGUUGGCUGGAUCCCAGGAAACUAAAUUAAAUCAGAGCAAAGAGUUCUGCAGAGAUUUACAAGAUAAGCUCAGCACCCAGUCGAAAUGCCUUUUGGAGAAGGAGUCAGAAAUACUUUCCCUCAAACAGCAGCUGGAAACAUCUCAAAAUGAACUGGAUAACCUUACUGCUACCGUCUGCACCAAAGAAAACCAUCUUCAGGAGCAAAAACUGGGUAAGCCAAAAGAGGCAGAUUCACAGCACUCUGAAAACACUGACUGCCAGGUGAAAGAUGAUAAAGAACUACAGACACAACAACAGCUGCAGAACAAGGAAAACACACUGCUUAAGGAGUCUCUAGAUUAUCAAGACGCAGUAAAGGCUCUGUUGGACAGCCGAGAUGAGUGCGAGACACUCAAGAAGGAGAUCUGUGACACCCUGAAAUGCCUUGAUAAAGAGCGAAGUAAAAAACAUGAAAUGAAGGAAAAGCACAAGGUGAGACUGUGUCAGGCCAAGCAGACAUGUGAUCAUGAAACCAUGUGGCGUGACGAGAAGAUAAAAAGUCUGGAGCGAGAGCUGUUCUUGUGUUCCCAUUCAGUAGCAAAGGAAAAGGAGUUCAUCACACGCAUUACUGUGGAGAAUGAGAAAUUGCUGGUGGAGAGGAGAAGGCUUUUACAACAGCUGAAUGAGGAGGAGCACAAAAAGAAAGACAGUUAUCUAACAGCUUCUUUGUCCACAUGCAGGGUGGAUUUCUUAGAGAUGGAAAACAAGAAACUAGGAAACAGGAUACUCCACAUGACCAAUCAGCUAGCUGUCCUGGAACGCAGCUUGCACUUUGCUGAGGUAACAGGCACAGAACUUAAAAACACAUCUAAUCUCAGGCACGUUUUAAAAUCCAUCCCUUUGCAAGCGUCAAGUGUGAUGAUGCCUGAGACGUCUGAUAUUCAGGGCUGUUCGGACUGUACUCAGAACAAGCAGAGACACGUGACUUCCCCCCCUCUCGGUUUUGUCUGUGGGACUCGAUCAGCAGAGAUGGGCUACAUGAAUCUGACUUCCCCCCAGAGACACUCAGACUACACGACUCUCAGCAGCUCAAAAGAUCUGAGUUCCUAAAAUGUCAUGUUUAUCUGCAACAUGAAUACACUGUACAGAAUUGUAUUUAUUUGUGAGUAAAUUAAUAAACAAAA